AUGACCCAGAAAUGCACAAACGUGACCAAUGACUCGGUCCCUUCAAAUAAGCCUAAUGAAGAAGCUGUAAUUGAUCAUGUUUCCAAAGCUCAUGACUUCUACUGGACCUAUACGGAAGAACCUCACAAAAGCCGACGAGCUGCCAUUCUCAAGGCUCAUCCAGAGGUUGCUUCUUUAAAUGGAUAUGAACCAAAAACGAAAUGGGUGGUUCUCUUCGUCGUUUUUCUUCAAUUGACUUGUGCAAUUUUAUUGUCUAAUACAAAUCCUUGGAAUUGGAAGUUUCUACUCACUGGCUACUUCAUUGGUGCAUUCUGUAACCAAAAUAUCUUUUUAGCCAUCCAUGAACUCUCCCACAAUUUGGGAUUUAAGCGCGCUGUUCAUAAUCGCCUUUUUUCUUUUAUUGCAAAUCUUCCUGUUGGUGCUCCAUACUCCGCCAGUUUUCGCCCUUACCACAUGGAGCAUCAUAGGUAUCAAGGCGUCGAUGGUUUUGACACAGAUUUGCCAACUUCCUUGGAGCUCAUCCUUUUCGAUAAUGUUCUCGGAAAGGCUUUUUUCUGUACUUUCCAACUUUUUUUUUAUGCAUUCCGUCCAAUGUUUGUUCGUCAACUCCCUUUGACGAGCUUGCAUUUUUGGAAUGUAGUCGUCCAAUUCGUUUUUGAUUUCUUGGUCUUCAAAUAUUUAGGAUGGAGAUCUAUGGCCUACUUUUUCUUAAGCUCCUUCAUGGCUGGCAGCUUGCAUCCCACUGCGGGCCAUUUUCUUAGUGAACAUUACAACGUAGCUCGCACUCGUUUAAUUCAGGAAGGACCGGGUAAGGACGCUCCUCUGGAAACGUUUAGCUACUAUGGCCCGCUUAAUAUUUUAGUUUAUAACGCUGGUUAUCACAUCGAACAUCAUGACUUUCCUUAUGUUGCUUGGACCCGUAUCGCCAAAGUACGUGAAUUGGCUCCUGAGUUUUACAGCAAUAUUCCUGAGUGUAAAAGUUGGAGCGGUAUCAUUUACCAGUUUAUCACCGAUUCAAACGUUGGUAUGUGGUGUAGAGUGAAGCGUAAGCAAAAAACCGAUUUAUCUAAUUAA